AUGAACUCUGCCCUUCCCAUCUCUGCCAACUUACUGCCAACAUCGUCGUUUGUGCAUCUCAUCAACCUAAAGCUGACUCGUGACAAUUAUCUUCUCUGGAAGGCACAAUCCUUUCCAUACCUGACGAGCCAACAACUUAUGGGCUACGUCAAAGGCUCCAUCCUGUGCCCUGAUAAGAUGAUCACCGAGACUAUUGCGUCUGGUACACAACAAGUACCCACUCCUACAUACCAAGCUUGGUUACAGCAAGAUUAUCUCAUCCUCAACGCCCUUUUCUCAUCACUUUCCGAGGGUGUACUCUCACAUGUAUUUUUCCUUGCAACCUCUCAUGAGUUCCUCAAGGUCAAGAACCUGGCGAAUACCUUCGCCUUAAUCGGCCAACCUCUCCAUGAUGAGGAGAUCAUCGUGUACAUGUUGGCGGGAUUGGACACUGAGUUUGACUCACUGGUCACAUCUAUCAAUAUAAGGUCAAAUUCAAUUUCUCUUAGUGAUCUCUAUGUAUACAUGCUGGUAUUUGAGCUACGCAUGGCACACAACAACACUUCAUUCAGAGAUGUAGAUCCUGCCAUCAACAAUGUUUACUGCAAUAAUAGUGCUGGAAAGUCCUUAAACCGCGAGCGUGGCCGUGCCAAAGGUGGUCAAUUGCAUGGAACAUCAUCAGGAAAUGAACAAAACUCCAACGAUAGCCACACAUUAUGUUAG